GUAAAAGAGAACGAGCGGCGAGGCACAUAAAAAAAGCGUGUCUCCCCCUAGCGGCCAAUGGCCAUUAUCUGCUGCGGCUGCGGCCAGUCGGCAACAUCAAUGGGGCGACAAAGUUGACUUGACGACACGAUUGACGGCCGCCAGAGUUCAACAAGUGGAGGUGGGCGGAGCCUCCCUCCCAUCGCUCUCAAUGGAGGAAAAGAAGGCGGAGCUCUCCCCUGCCCCUUCGGAACACGACAGCCCCUCGCAGCGCCCGGGCCCCGCCCCUGCCGGCACGCCUCCACUGGGCGUUAUCAACGAGGGGGCUGGCGAGGCAGCGGCGGGCGAGGGUGCGGGGCCACUGAUCGACGCGGCGGCGGCUGAGAGGGCAUGUCGGGAAGUCCUGCACAAGCUCAAAUUGAGACAUACCGACCCCGCCCGCGACGGCGACAGGCCGGCCGUAGCCGACCAAGACCGGGACCAGGAGGAAGAGAGCUGGGCGGAGGGCGGCCGCCGGCGGCGACGGCCCAACCCUUCCAAACAGUCAUGGCUCCUGCGUCUGUUUGAGUCCAAACUCUUUGAUGUGUCCAUGGCCAUCUCCUACCUGCACAACUCCAAGGAGCCUGGCGUGCAGGCCUACAUUGGCAACCGACUCUUCAGUUUCCCGCACGACGAGGUCGACUUCUUCCUGCCGCAGCUCCUCAACAUGUACGUGCACAUGGACGAGCACGUCGGCGAUGCCAUCAAACCUUACGUGGUGCAUCGCUGCAGGCAGAGCAUCUCCUUCAGCCUGCAAUGCGUCUGGCUGCUAGCGGCGUACUCGUCCGACAUGCACAUCUCCACGCAGCGCCACUCGCGAGGCGCCAAACUUCGCAAGCUCAUCCUGUCCGACCAGCUCAAGCCGGCCGCCGCCCGCGCCCGCCGGGAACCCCUGACGCUCACGCCCUUCUGCGCCGCCGCCGCCGAGCACGGCCUGUCGCCUUCCAAACGCACGCACCAACGCUCCAAGUCCGACGCCGCCGUGGCCGUCAGUCUGAGCAGCAACCUCAAGAGGACGGCCAGCAACCCCAAAGUGGAAAGCAGUUACGACGAGGAAACUUCCAGCGUGGAGUCCGUCGACGUUGUUAGCACCGCCCCCGUGCGCCUGGCGCCGCAGCGCGACUUCAUCAAGUCUCUGAUGGGCAUCGGCAGGCGUCUGGCCACGCUGCCCACCAAGGAGCAGAAGACGCAGCGGCUCAUCUCGGAGCUGUCGCUGCUCAACCACAAGCUGCCCGCUCGCGUCUGGCUGCCCACCGCCGCCUUCGAGCACCACGUGGUGCGCGUGCCGCACACGCAGGCCGUCGUGCUCAACUCCAAGGACAAGGCACCCUACCUCAUUUACGUGGAGGUUCUGGAGGUGGACGACUUUGAGACGUCCAACGUGCCGGCUCGAAUACCCGAGAACCGCAUCAGGAGCACACGCUCGGUGGAGCACCUACCCGACUGCGGCAUGAGCGCCGAGCAGCGCGCCGGAAGCUUCUCCACUGUCCCCAACUACGACAACGACGACGAGGCCUGGUCGGUGGACGACAUCGGCGAGCUGCAGGUGGAGCUUCCGGAGGUUCACGCCAGCUGCGACAAUAUCAGUCAGUUCUCCGUGGAUAGCGUGGGCAGUCUGGAGAGCAAAGAACCCGUCUUCAUCGCCGCCGGUGACAUCAGGCGGCGUCUGUCGGAGCAGCUGGCGCAGACGCCGACCACUUUCAAACGGGACCCCGAGGACCCGUCGGCCGUGGCCCUCAAGGAACCAUGGGAGGAGAAAGUUCGGCGGAUCCGCGAGGGUUCGCCUUACGGGCACAUGCCCACGUGGCGCCUGCUGUCCGUCAUCGUCAAGUGCGGCGACGACCUCCGUCAGGAGCUGCUGGCCUUCCAAGUGCUGUGGCAGUUGAAAUCCAUCUGGGAAGCGGAACGUGUGCCGCUUUGGAUCAAGCCCUACAAGAUUCUGGUUCUGUCAUCGGACAGCGGCAUGAUCGAGCCGGUGGUGAACGCCGUGUCGCUGCAUCAGGUGAAGAAGCACAGCCAGCUGUCUCUGCUGGACUACUUCCUGCAGGAACACGGGGCGCCCACCACCGAAGCCUUCCUGUCGGCGCAGAGGAACUUUGUGCAGAGCUGUGCUGGCUACAGCCUCAUUUGCUAUUUGCUGCAGGUCAAGGACAGGCACAAUGGCAACAUCCUGCUGGACGCGUGUGGCCACAUCAUCCACAUAGACUUUGGCUUCAUCCUGUCCAGCUCUCCCAAGAACCUUGGCUUCGAGACGUCAGCCUUCAAACUCACCGCCGAGUUUGUCGAGGUGAUGGGCGGUCCCGACGGCGACAUGUUCAACUACUACAAGAUGUUGAUGCUCCAGGGCCUGAUCGCCGCCCGGAAGCACAUGGAGCGCGUGCUGCAGAUUGUCGAGAUCAUGCAACAAGGCUCACAGCUGCCCUGCUUCCACGGCUCGAGCACCAUGCGAGGCCUGAAGGAGCGCUUCCACAUGAGCCUGACCGAAGAGCAGCUGCAACUGCUAGUGGAGCAGAUGGUGGUGGGCUCCAUGCGCUCGCUCACCACCAAACUCUAUGACGGCUUUCAGUAUUUCACCAACGGCAUCAUGUGACCGCCGCUACAUUCGGGGACCACCACACACGUGACAAAGGAGACAAUGACAAUUGCAUUCUCAGGUGUUUUUGUUUGUUUUUGUCACUGGCGUGUCGGUCAGUGUUCCGUGGAGAAAGGUUUGUGUAACAUUCCCCACGUUUUUGCUCGUUUAGUUCCUUUUGUUGGGUGUGCCCAGUCCUCGUUAACCACAGUGACCUGUCAAUCAUUACCACUCCCAACAUGGCCCCGCCCACUUUUUUUUUACAGGCACUUGCUUGGAAACGUGAAAGGAAGUGAUGAUUUGAUGGCCUUUUGAAACAAAUGUACUGUUCAAACCUUUUUGGACGCACCCAAAUAAAAGUGUGACAAAAAGUUUAA